AUGAAAAGAGUUAAGGAGGAGAACGUUCCACAGAUACGACUACGAGGCGAUCAUGUUGUUGGCUUAUCUGUUGAUCUCCCUAUAGAUCUGAUCACAGAUAUUCUUUUGAAACUGCCGAGCAAAUCCCUAGCCAAGUUCAUCGUCCUCUCGAAGCACUGGUUCUCUGAGAUCCGCAGCAAGCGUUUCCUCGAUCUUUACAUGAAACAGUCUCUUACUCGUCCGUGUAUUCUCUUCACGUUCCACCACGACAGCAUCCGUUUCUUCCACUUAGCCUCUCAGUCGUGUCAGGAUGAUGCUUCUUUUUACACUUGUAAAUCAAGCUUUCCUCUGAGUCUUGAUCGUCGUAUCUAUCAAAAAACUUACGACAUCACUCCACCGGUACACGGCUUGAUCUGCGUUCAAGAUUUGGAUAAGGUAUUGGUUUCGAAUCCUGUCACGGGCCAGUUCUUGGUUUUACCAAAAGUCAGAGCUAGGAGAAGAGGGAUAUCAAGAUACUUCGGAUACGAUCCGGUUAAAGAUGAAUACAAAGUCUUGUGCAUGACGGUGUUGAAACUUCCUGGAACGGUUGUGAGCGGAGAUCAUCAAGUUUUUACUUUGGGUAGAGAAGCUCAGAAGAAGCCAAACUGGAGAAAGAUCAAAUGUAACCUUCCGCAUUGUCCUGCAACCAACGGGUUAUGCAGCGACGGUGUUGUUUAUUACGGUGCUUGGUCCAACAGCGAUGAAGAAGUAUCUCUAAUCGUGGGCUUUAACGUGGGAUCGGAAGAGUUCACUCUUGUUAAAUUACCCGAUGGUGUCGAGAUUGAUAGAAGUGAUUCUGGUUUGGUGAACUACAAGAGGAAGGUAGCUUUAGUGAGUCAUUCACAUCUUGGUACAUUUGAUAUGUGGGUUUUGGAAGAUGUCGUCAAACAAGAAUGGUCCAUGAUCUCUGUCGUGGUUCCUUCUUGGAAAAAUUUAAUUAUACGACGAGAAAAAUUCUCUUGCAGAGGUGUCGUUAGUACCGGCGAAUUCAUAUUCCAACCAUUCAGUUUGGAUGGACCGCUCUGUGUUAUCAUUUACGAUCGCGAGGAAGAUAGUGCCAGAAGAGUUGAGAUUGAAGUUGAAGGACUUGGAGUCAACUUGGGUGCUGUGAGCCUCUUCUUGUAUCAUGUGGAGUCCUAUAUUUCUCUCAAGGAAGACUACUCGUUUAAUUGA